AUGUCUUCUAAUAUUCCACGUAAUUUAAAUAAAAAUAUGAGAAAACGUCAACAAUUCGAUUCUCCAAUGAAAUUUCAUAUAACGAAAAGUAAUUCGAAUGAUGUAUUUCGAAGUUCUGAAGAAGAAUUAUUCAUACCUCAUCGAAAAAUACCAAUCACUAAUUUACAUUCAUCUGGAUAUCUUCUUCUUUGGACUUAUUCCCAACAUAUUCUUUCUUUUAGUCUUGUUUGUAUUGUUAUUAUUGUUUGUUUUAGUUUAACUUAUGCAAGUAUUGAAUUAAAAAAUGAAGUUCAAAGUCUUUCUUCACGUAUUAGUGAAAUCGAAAAGAAAUUUUUAAACACAGAAUUAAAUCAUAGUUUACCAGUAAUAGAACAAAUAAAAACUCGUGUUCAAUUGCUUGAAAAUUGGAAUUUUUCAUUUAUUUAUAAUCACUUACAAAAACUACAAGUUCAAAUGUUGUUAAAUAAUUUUAUCUUAUCUAACCUGCAGAAAAUUGAACAUAACUCAGCACAUUUGUUUAAAACAACGAAUGAAUUGAAUAAUUUAAAUCGAGAAAUGGAAAAUCGAAUAGAAAACACGAUAAAUAAAAGUAUAGUUAAAUCAUAUGAACAGUUUAAUUUGCUUCAGAAUGAAAUUCAAAGUUUCAAUCAAAAUAUCAAAAUAGAAGAAUUGACAAAACAUCUAGAGCAAUUAACUAAUCUUGUACAUAAUUCAUCUGAUGAAGUAGGAUUCUUUUAUUUUCGAUUAAUGUCAAUAAAACGUCGACAACUGUUCGUUGGUGUUCUUGAUAAUGAAACAUGGACUAAUGAAAAAUUAUGUGCAUAUUUCAAUAAACAUGCUAGUGCGAACGAUGAACAGUAUAUCACUGAUUGUCAAAUAAUGUCAUAUAGUGAAGCAAGAUUUCAAGGAAAAUCUUUUGCAUUUAUCACAUUUACUGAUGAAGCUUGUGUUGAUCGUUGUAUGACUAAAAGAACACAAUUUAAUAAUGAUUAUGGAAUUACAAUAAAACGUUUAUUACCAGAUUCUAUAACGAAAUGUGAAAGACUUAUGUCAUCAACAGAUAUCGUUAUUCGAAUAACUUUACAAGAUCCAUUAUUCACCGAAACAAAUAUUCGCUCGUAUUUUGGUGUAUAUGGAAAGAUUACAGAAUUGAAAAUGCUCGAAGAAGAUGAUUGUGCCGGUAUAUGUUUCAUAACAUUUGAAGAUUUUGAUUCUUCUGAUCGUGUUCUUCUUGAUUUUCCACAUUAUUUAAAUGGACAAUUACUUUCUAUUCAUAAAUAUACUGCACCAGAAUAUAUUUGUAAUUUAUCACAAUUUCGUUUUGUUGAUCCAAAAAAUGCUUCUCAAAUUAAACGAUGGUAUCCAAUAUUUCGAAAUCUUACCGAUUUUAUGCGUCCAUUAAAAAUUUUAUAUAAAACACAAAUUGCCCUAUUUAAAUUUAAUAUGAAUAAACAAAUUUCAAUAAGUAAUCAAAAUUUAAAUAAAACAAAGGAAACUCUACAUGAAUUUGAAAAUAAAUAUAAUGAUCUUAAACAAAAUUUUCUACAAUUAUUUAGUUUAAAUGAACAAUUAAAACGACAAAUUCAAGAACUUGAAAGAAAGAAUGAAAAGAAUAAAAAUGAAUAUGAAAAUCAAAUUGAAGAACAAAAAAGAAAAAAUCAAUCAUUACAAGAUGCUAUUAUGUUGAUGUCUUUAUCAAGUGAUUCAAAAGAUCGUCAACGACAUGAACUGUAUGUUGGUGUGUUUCAUAAAGAUUCAUGGACUUCUAAAUCGUUAUGUGAAUAUUUUCAUCGAUUGAUCAAAGGAAGUUGUAUUACAGAAUGUCAUUUUUAUUCAUGUGCGAAUGCAGUGCUCAAUGAUUAUUGUUUUGCAAUUUUAACGUUUGCUUCAAUUUCAAGUGUUGAUCAAUGCUUAGCUAAACGUCCUCAAAUCAAUCGAGAACAUCGAUUUAUUGUCAAAAGAAAUCUAAGAGAGGUUUCAAAAGAUCAAAGACCUGUUACUAAGUAUAUUUUAAUACAUCUUGAUAAAUUCGAUUUGUCUUUUAAUAACAAAAAUGUUUUGGCUUAUUUUGGUAAAUAUGGUUCAAUUUUUCAAUGGAAAAUUCUUGAUAAUGGUCGUACGUUUCUAUUAAAUUUUGAAGAUUAUGAUUCAGUGGAUCGUAUUUUUCUUGAUGAACCACAUUUUGUUAAUCAACAUUAUUUAUCUAUUCGAAAAUGUUAUAAUCCAUAUGCACGUGCACUAAAUAAUUCGAUGGAUGAUCGGUUAAAAGAACAAAUACGCAAUCUACAAGCAUCAAUUGAUCGAUCAAAAUAUAAAUACGAAUCUGAACUUAUGAAGUUGAACAAACAGAUAAAAGAAGAAAUUGCUGCAGUAGAAAAUCGUCUUUCAGAUACAAUUAAAUCAUGUAUUCGUCUUGAACGAAUACAGCGUGAUCUCAAGCAAGAUUUAAUGAAUGCUCGUCAGAUUAAUCAACAAUUAAAAAAUAAACUUGAAGAAACUAUAGAGAAAAAGAAAAAAAUUGUUGAUGAAUUUGAAAAUCAACUUGAACAGCAACGAUAUAUUAAUAAAUUAUUAAAUAAUUCUAUUUUGAAUUUCUCUUAA